AUGGCCGCUGACGGCGAGUCGCUGCUGCCGCGGCUCCCAGAGCUCUUCGAAACCAGCGAACAGCUGCUGGAUGAAGUAGAAGCAGCGACUGACCCCACCGGCUCCCGGAUAGUCCAGGAGAAGGUGUGCCAGGGCCUGGACCUCCUGGAGAAGGCUGCGGAAAUGUUAAAGCAGCUCGACCUGUUCAGCCAAAACGAAGAUUUGGAAGAGAUUGCUUCCGCCGACCUCAAGUAUCUGUUGGUGCCAGCGUUUCAAGGAGCCCUCACCAGGAAACAAGUCAGCCCCAGCCAGCGUCUAGAUCAUUUGCAGCGGGCCCGAGAACACUUUAUAAACUACUUAACCGAGUGCCGUUGCCAUCAUGUGGCAGAGUUCGAGCUGCCCCAAACCAAGGAUGACUCAGCUGAAAAUCACACUGCUGAUUCCUCCACGGCUUACCGUAGCCUCGCUGCUAUGGCUUCUCAAAGACAGGCUAAGAUAGAGAGAUACAAGCACAAGAAGGAGUUGGAGCAUAGGUUGUCUACAAUGAGAUCUGCUGUGGAAAGGGGUCAAGCAGAUGACGAGCGUGUUCGUGAAUAUUAUCUUCUUCACCUUCAGCGGUGGAUUGAUAUCAGCUUAGAAGAGAUUGAGAGCAUUGACCAGGAGAUAAAGAUCCUGAGAGAAAGAGACUCUUCAAGAGAGGCAUCAACUUCUAACGCAUCUCGCCUGGAGAGGCCUCCAAUGAAACCCUUCGUUCUCACUCGGAACACGGCCCAAGCCAGAGUAUUUGGAGCUGGUUAUCCAAGUCUGGCAACUAUGACGGUGAGUGACUGGUAUGAGCAACAUCAGAAAUAUGGAGCAUUACCAGAUCAGGGAAUAGCCAAAGAAACACCAGAAGAAGAAUUCAGAAAAGCAGCCCAGCAACAGGAAAAUCAAGAAAAAAAGGAGGAAGACGAUGAUGAGCAAACACUGUACAGAGCUCGGGAGUGGGAUGACUGGAAGGACACCCAUCCUAGGGGCUAUGGCAACCGACAGAACAUGGGCUGAUCUUCCCACAACACCACAGGACUGCAGGGUGCACACCUCCCCCACCAAGAAAAAUCAUGCAGUCCUCCCCUCCCUGGGCUCACGCUUUAGCUAUGUACAACAAAGGCAAAGAUGCUAAAUCUUGCUUUGCAUUCAAUAAAGUGUCAAGUGAUUAAGUGUGUAUUUGUAUCCUCGGUGAUAUGAACCAGCAGUCUUGUUUUGGCAUCAUCAUCCUCAUGAUGUUGUAUUCUAAUUUCUUAAGUAGAAAGAAAAGAGUGCUGAGAAAUGGCGCUGUAUAAUCAAUGGCUGUCUGAAUUCUCUGAAAAAAUAAAAGUCCUAUUACA